CGAAUUUUAGUUGUCGCCAAUUUGGUCAUAUUGUGAGGCACUGGCACAACAGUGUGUUGAGCUCAUCCAACCGCGAACUCGUGUUUUCGUAAAGAAGCCCACUAUUUUGAAUGACUGGUGUAGGUUUAGUAAUGGUUUUUAUGUUGUUGGAUUUUAAACUUUGACUGUUUCAAAUAAUUAGUGACCGCUAGUAGAUUUUAUAAGAUGGCGCGGCUUGCUCCGGGAAGCAGUCCAGUGGUCGAGAAAACAUUCAGAAAACGUCAUGGGAAGGUUGUUGCAAGAAAGGCUAUCUCAUCAGCUGUCUUCAUCCUGGUGAUCAUCAUGCUGCUCUUCAUUGACAUGUCCUCCAGCACUAUUAGUAGUUAUUUUGGAGUGGCCCAUCCUGCACUGUGGUAUUUAGAAUGUGGGGGUGUGGUCUUCUGGCUGUUCAGACUGGUUCCAAGUAUUGUUUAUCUGGUGUCUUAUACAAGGGAUUAUUUCUUUGGAGAUGUAGUGGAGCUAACUGAAGAGCAAGCUAGACUGCUUAGAGUUCAGAAGAAUGGUACAAACGAGGUUUCAAGGUAUCACCACGGGAAACCUUUAGGUGACCAAUCAGCACAGAGUAGCUUCAUCUUCUCGGCAAGCACUCCUGUGUCACAGACAAGUUUUGCCAGCGAUGGAUCCCGGCACAGCCCAUCAUCCUACCUGUCUCAGUCUCCAUAUGGUGUGUCGUUCAUGUUCUCACAGCACAGUCCCCCAGGCUAUCAGUCAAUGUCAUCGUCAACACUCUCUCCAUCACACUCGCAGUCGUUCGAUAGGAGUGCCAACCUGAGUUCUGCCAACAACUCUUCAAGCAGGUUCGACGUCAGCGACCACAGUGGGCUGAGAUCCAGACACAAUGCCACCUACACCAAACUCUCACCAGCUUCUACUUACGAUACCAUCUCUGAUAUGCCAACCUUGGCUCGCUAUCUGAAAGAUCAGGAAGAGAAGGAAAGAAGAAGCUUGCAAGCUUCCCCUGAUACCAGUAGUCAAGGAGCCUCAUUCUGGAGUUUUGGAUCUAGUCCAAUGGAUCAUGUGAACGUACUGAGAAAAUACCAGUAUCAGGUGGCCACACGGUCGCCCCAGUCACCUACAGCAAAAGCCAGCAGCAGUGAUCAGUCUGUGUCAUCAGGCCUGGAGGAGGUUUGGAGCAAUUUUGGUGUGACUGAGGACAACUUGUAUCUGUGGACAGAGAGACUCCGAAAAUGGCUGAGUCUCACCUUGAUCAUCAAGCUGGCGAAUGAACUGGAGAAAGUCAACAAUACACUCAGGAAUAUCGGCUGUGAGGACUUGCAGGCAGGAGAUGUUAGUGUGUCUACGCUAAAACAGCUGGCUUUGACAAAAGGAAAUUUUGUACCAUCUCUAAACGCUAUCAUACCCUACCUGGAUGUGUCGUCGAACCAAGAGUACAUCGUGAAGCGUAUACGAGACCUGGCUACAGGUGCCAUGUCUGCCUUUGCAUGGAACAGUGGAGGUAGUUAUGGCAAACCAUGGGGGGAGCAUCUACCCACAGACUCCAUGCUGCUGAUGCACCUACUGUGUACCUACCUGGACUCCCUGUUGCCCACACAGCCGAGAUAUCCUGAUGGCAAGACUUUCACCUCCCAGCAUUUUGUGAAGACUCCAGAUCAACCUGACCAGGGAAAGAAGGAUGCGAUGUACAUCUACCAGGUCUCCAUCAGCCCUCCACACUUCCAGGUGAUCAUCGGAGACGAGACCUUCAACCUGCCCAAGGGCAGGAACAACAUGUUCCAGGCUAUUCUGCUGUUCUUCUUCUACAUCAAGAUGAAGCGGGGUGGGAUGCUGGGGAGAGUGAACAUUGGUAUGUCUGGUCUGAACAUCAUGUGGAUCUUCAACUGAGACUCCCAACACAUAGUGCUAUCUUUUGUCUGUGCUGGGUCACGCUGCUCUUGGUUGGGCGAAAAAUCUGGGAGUUGCAUCUAGAUCAGAAACUCAAAGAACUUGUGUCAGUUGUCUUGAGGCACCUGGGGUUUGAUCAGCCUGAAAUCUAAGUGGCAGGUUCAUGACCCAUUCAGGAAGAUGGCCGGAUUUCAAGGCUUUGGAAGAGCAGAAUCAAUGUUGCAAGCAACACUGAUGAGAGGCAGAGUUUUAUGUGAUCACUAUGUUUUAUGAGUAUGAGACAGAAGCAUACAGUGGGUGAGCGAGUUUAGUUUAGUUUUAUGCCGGACUCAGCAAUAUUCCAGGUGUAUGGCAGCGGUCUGUAAAUAAUCGAAUCUGGACCAGACGAACCAGGGAUCAACAGCAUGAAAAGAAGCAUACAGAGUUUUCUGGAUAUAUAUUGGUUAAUCUCACAAAAUGCUUCUCCUGGGACUGGAAUCCAAGUAGGUACUUUGUUAUACUAUGGCCCAGGUGCUUAUUAUGCAGAAAGUACAAUUGUUACAGGUAACGUGACUGUUUCAUGAAUUCACAAUGCUGUUCAGAAAGUAGCCAAUGCUUUCACAGUAAAGUGCAGAUUCUAGUACUGACUUUCACAUUCAAACCAGACGAUUUUAUCAGAA